GUUGGUUUCAUCGGUAUUGCCGCGUUGCCUCGCUGAAUGGCUAAGGAUAUUUGCUGGACCAAGAAAGAUCCAGCCCGGGGAUCACAGCCCUUUUCCCUCAGCCGACGGCCUAUCUCCCUAACAAGCUUCUUGGCCUCGGCACACCACGGUCCAGCCGUCUCGACAGCAAUCGGAACAAAGUCAUACACUGGCCCUGGGUCGGUGGUAGCUUCAGUCGCACUGCCGAAAAACCUCAGAAUGCGUUCCGCCAUAGUGCUUCUUACUUUUGCGGCGUUCGCUGCAUCAGUGCCCGUGCCAGAAGACCAGGCUGAUUUCGACUACCCACGGUACAUCCAGUUCCCGGAUGGCAAUGGUGUCCCUCACACUGUGGACUUCCAGGAAGAGGUCGAUCACAAUCUCCUUGAAGAGAUCCAGAGGAACCCGGCUAAUAACCUGUACCUACUGUACACUAGACGGAACCCGACGAACUCACAGAGGCUAAUCAUCAACGACAAGAACUCUAUUCUGAACUCCAAUUUCAACCCGAAUCACCCCACGGUAGUCAUCGCGCAUGGAUGGCUCAGCAACCAGAACACAGACCUCAACCCCGUCAUCAGAAAUGCUUUCCACCGGAAAGGCGAAGCUAAUGUCAUCGUAUUGGACUGGCGCCGCCUCGCCACCAGCGGUUAUGUGACGGCGGUGAACGGGAUCCCUGCAGUCGGUUGGGGCCUUGGCCAGUUCCUGCGGUUCGUCCAUGAAGUCACUGGAGCCCGGUACAGUUCUAUGCAUCUUGUGGGAUUCAGCUUGGGUGCUCAUCUGGUCGGUAACGCCGGCAGAGCGCUAGGAGGAGCUGUUGCCCGUAUUACUGGUCUAGACCCUGCCGGCCCCCUAUGGAAUACGAACAGAAACCGUCUGAGUCCCAACGACGGAGUUUACGUCGAGGCGAUCCAUACCGAUGGCGGGUACACCGUUGGUGGCCUUGGGAUUGGGAUAGCCAUCGCCAACGCAGAUUUCUUCCCCAAUGGCGGCAUAUCUCAGCCUCGAUGCCUCACCAACAUCUGCAACCACAACAGGGCGUGGGAACUGUUCGCUGUGACUGUGUCGUACAACCACCUCAUCGGGCAACAGUGCUCAUCCAAUCUGCAGAUCACUUUGAACAACUGCAGAGGAUCUGCUCUUCAUAUGGGCAAUGAUGAUUUGAGAAAGUGGGGGACUGGAAAAUACCGCCUGGAUACUGGACGAAGCUAUCCCUUCUAAAACUGUCAUACAGAAUUGAGGAUAAACAAGAUCUGCAAUGUAAAUAAUGAUAAAUAAAUGUUUUUUUACCCGACUACGGCAACGCAAAA